CAGCAGACAGCGAUAUGGAGCGAAAGUAAACUCGUUUCCUGGUUUCACAUAUUAUUGUAUGCAUUUUUUAAAAAAACGAUUAUAACAGCCCCAGCUCGGCGCUCCUGCACCGUCGGGACCCGCACUUUCACGACCCGGAGCUCCGGCUUCGAAUCAGAUCUGGAUCUGGAUCUGGACCCAGCACCUUUCUUGAACGGGAACCCGGCAGCUCCAAAUUAAAUCCAGAUCAGCUGGAACAUUAGUGUGGUUGUUUCUGACAUUGACCCAUAGACCACCCUUGAAUGGGGUCAGGCUGCAGCUAAGUGACACUCCGUCAACCCACAUUAAAAACCAUCAACCCUAGCUACCUAGAACAAAGCUGUGAAAGGACACCACUACAACCUAGACUCUGUAGUGCCAAGCCAUUUAGUUUACCUUUGCAAGCGGAUUACUUUGGAUUACAAACGGUAAUCAUAGUUACCAGGUAGGCAGGAUAGUGGCGCUGAGGCCACAAUCAUAUCAGCCAUGAUCUUAUUGAAUGACGGAGCAGGCUCGAGGGGCUGCAUGGCCUACUCCAUCUACUAAAUCUUAGGGCGGCGGCGUGGCUGCGCAAAGACACUCCGGGGAAAUCUCAAUUUCUUCAGCAAUCACCCCCGAUAAAUCCCUCUGGCCGCUCUUUCUCCUCGUCCCCCGGAUCGUCAAGCAGCCGGCCAGGAGGAGGAGCGGAGGGGACAGGGAGAGCUUCAGUAAUUAACAGGCCCCGAAGGUGCUGUCAGAUCUGCUGUACUUUUCUUUCAAUCUCUUCAUCUCCAUUCAGUAUACAAAAAACAUAAACCUUAGUAAAUCAGUCUCCUCAUUCUUUUUAUAGUAUCCAUUUUAAUUUCUCUGAUUCUUAAUACAAUGACUGGCAAUGCAUCAGAAUAUGCAGUAAAUAGCGACUGAAGCCAAUCAUCAUUCAACAGAAUUACAGAUUGGAGCAGUAUAAGAGUGCAACUGCUGUCAUCGAUCUUCCCCUGUCAUGCUUGCCACAGCCUCGCUGUACAACGGCGUUCACGACUGGACAAACUCCGACCGAAUCCGGAUGUGUGGCAUUAAGGAAGAUAGGGGAACUAUUUUGCAUGGAAAACGCCUUAAUAGUUACUUCCCAUAGCAUAAGGAGAUCUUCACUCACAGAUGCAGAAUCCAGGAAAAGUGCUCCACAGCCAGUAGGGACGGAAGAUACUUGUAUUAACAACCACAUUGAAGUGGCGACUGAACGAAUGAGCAAUGGUGUCCAACAAGUCGAGGGGGAUGAAAGUAACAUUUUGCAGGAGGGACUUCAAAAUUGCAAGGAUAAUGAGCCUGAAAGAUCUGUUCCAACAGAAGAGGAGGUCACCUUCAUGACCACUUCAGACACGCAGUUAAAGACUGACAGAGUUACCAAUGUGGAAAGUAAAUUGCUGCAUGGGGAAAUGCCAGAAAAUGGAGAUAGCAAAAUGAAAAAUUUGGAGAGUGUGGGCAUGCAUCGUAAAGCACAACAAACUCUGUCAAAAACUACUUGCACUCAGGAUAACAUUGGGGAACCAGGAAAGACUAUAAAACAAAAAGUGACUCCUGGGACUAAGGCUCAGUAUCGAGGACUUCCCUGGAUUGAUUCACAAAUAGACAAUGCUAAAUCAGGGAGUCACCACCCUUUUGAUGGAUUGAACUCAUUAAAUCUGUACAAACCUUGUUUAUCAUCAUCCCAAAAUUUACACAAUGUUGCUCAACCUUAUUUUUCACCAGUGUUUAACCAGGGUCCACAUUUGAUGUACAUACCACCAAACUUAGACCAUCCUCAUGUUGCACCGCCCCUUUCAACAACUUUAGGAGUUACAGGAGUGCAGACGGUGCCAUCAAUUUUACAAAGUAAAGGUGGCAGCACUAAGUUAGAAUCCGAUCUACAUUCAUAUUCCCAUCCAGUUAUGCUCAACAGAACUUUGACUUCAGAAUCCAAGGCCAAACAUACUACUGAUUAUCCUCAUUCCUCUUUUGCAAAAACAAAAACUCAAUCAGAAACAUCUCAGAAGCAACAGUUUUUAUCUUCCACAUCACAUAGUCCAUUACAAACUUCCCACAUUUAUUUCAACCCGGGCAGUGAAUUGUGUUUGGGAAGGAAGAGCCCAAAUAUCCGGUUACCUAAACUUCCUGAGCGCAGUUCUACUCUGCAGCCCUCACUUGGGUUCUCAGAAAACUCACACCCUCCAUUCAUAGUAUUCAGAUCUCCACCUCAACUUGAGAAGCAGAUAUAUCCAGAGGGGUCCCAUGACCUGCCUCUUGAUUUGUCAGCAAAAUCGAGCUGUCAUGGUAUAGGGGUUAAACAGAAUUCUUUCCCUGAGCUGCGGAAAACACCACCUAUGCCGGUGUUAACACCCGUUAAAGGAGAUGGAUCAUUCUCUCUACUGCACUCUAAAAGUGAUGGUCUCUCCCCACGAAUACCUCAGGGUAGCUACAGUGCCAGCAGUAUUAAAGGAAACUUUGGUUUAACAUCUCCUGUUGUGGUUUUUCCAGAUACUAUAAGAAAUGGGGCUACUCUUCAAAAGAAUCCAAUUGAUCCUUUAACUUUGCAGCCAUUGAACCCAACUUGGUCCUGGGUAAAAGGUUCCAGCAACCUGGUGAACCAUAAUCCGCGGACUUUUGUUGGCGUGGCCAAUGCUAUACCUGCAUCUAUGUUACAGAUUGGUAAUGAAGAUUCUAAGAGUGCUGCUAAACAAGAACCAAUUUCAAUUGUUUACCAAGGAGAUUGCCAGUUGUCAUUUUCCAAUGGCAACAAAAGCGGGGAGCCCAAAAAAGAUGCAUAUGGAGGUCAUGGUGUAAAAAAAACUAAUAAUCACUCGCACAGCUGUUUUGUAUCCACCCCCAGUGAAGUGGCAUCAUUUCAUUCAAAUGCAUAUCCCCCAUUGGUCAUUAACCACCUUUAUCUAGCGAGAGAUAAAACUCCAUUUCAUCAUUCACCAUUGUUAACUAAUGGCAGCUGUUCAGCACCACAGUUGCCACUAGCUCAAGGAAUUCCUUAUGGUUUAACAUCUUCCAGAGGAGAAUAUACUUUAUUUCAAAGCCCACAUCAUUUGGGGGCUAUGUGGACACCUCAGAACUAUGGAGAAAAGACAAAGGAAGACAAGCUACAGAUAAUGGGGUCACCAUUAUCCAACUUGGAGUCUAUUGUUCGUAACCGGGCUUUGGAACUGUUUGCAAUUGAAAAUAAAAAGGAUAAUCCUAAAUCAUUCACUCCAAAUGCAUUAAGUAAGGAAGGUAUUCCUUCCAAAGAUUUGAACCAAUCAGCCUCCAGUGGUGCAAAUGUAGUUGAUUUAAGCCGUUUACCUUCUGAAAGCAAAAGUGGUCAGAAAGAUCGUCAAAAUAUGGUUUCCACAAUCAAGAUAGACAAAAUAGGUAAAACCAAUAAAGGAAUUGCGAGUGAAAAUUCUAGUAAUUCAAUGGGUGAUGUCGGUGAAGAUGGAAAAGUUCAAAAUAAGGAGCAAAAAGGACAAAGAAUAAUUACUUCUUUGCCGUUGAGCAACCAGCCCUUAGUUAAUCAUAGCCAUAGUCAUAAAGACCUUCCUGUUGUAGAACCACAAAGUGACAGGAGUUUAGAGGUAGUGACCAUACCGGAGUUAGCACGUGGAAAUACAACAUCCUCCAAAUUAUCUACAGUUGCAGAUCAAUCAAUGACUAAAGGUAUAUGUAAUGAGAAAGAACAUUAUGCUGCUGGACCAGUCGAACGUACUGUUACCAAAGAAAAGAAGGAUGGUUCAGUGAAGAAUCCAGUUUCUAAAUGCAAAGGAUCUAAUUCAGCUAGAUGCAGUGCAAACCCAUCUAGCUGUAUUGGAGAGAAGUUCAAAUGCACUAAGAAGGAAGAUAUCGUUGGUUCCAACAGAUUAAAUCAGGAACAGCAGACCAUUCAGGGAUCCAAAAGACGGUCAAGCAGUCUCGAAGUGAGUCAGAGAGAUAAUGAAGAAGAUGGCUGUUCAUCCAAAGGACUUGAUGGAGAAAGAAGAAGCAAACGGCUGAGGACACCAAAGACUGAAUCCCCUUCCACAACAACAGUACGAGAAAGAGAUCUUUCUCUAAGAAAAGGGAAAAAUAGUUUUAAGGACUUCAUUCCAGUGGUGCUGAAAACCAGAACUCGUAGUCAGUCAGAAAGUUUCUGUGGCUCAUCUGUACAUGUGACCUGUGACCAGACGGACAGUACAUUGGAGGAAAGUCAGCGUAUGCAUGAGGAAGUGGAAGAUGAUGUAAAAGCAAAUAAUUCAAGGGGUCAGGAGCUGUUUACAACGGAAGAUAAAGAGACCAAAGAAGAGAGUGAGGUGGGAAGGACUGACAGCUUGAUAACUGAAGUGGGUGAACAGGAAAGAUUGGAACCACAUGACUUGAGUUGUAUAGCAGAGACUGAUAGGAAUUGUAAAAUUAGUAAUAAGCAAAACUCUACGAUCAAGACACAAAUAAAAACCAGUAGGAAGAAGUUAAAAAAUGAGAAGGAUUCUGAAAUACCUUUACACAAAGGGCAGGAAAAUCAAGAAAGCACGGGGAUACAAACACGGAAAGCAGUUACUACAGGAACAUGGACACCUCCCACUUCACCCCGAAAGAGGAUGGCUCCUUCAGGCAAAUUGCCCAGUACUGAUUGGAAUCUGAGUGACAGGCACAGCACUCCUGUGUCAGGAAGUUUACGGAAACGUAAAGAGUCUUGUAGCCCAGGGGCUCUCAAUUUGAGUCACACACAAGAAUCUCCAAGUCAGUAUCAGUCAGAAAAACCAUCAGGAAAACGUAAAUGCAAGACAAAGCAUAUUAGUGGACCCCAGUCUGCGCAAGAAGGUGCAAGUAACCAAGGAAGACACAAGAUUGAAGUAAGGCAAAAUCGGUCCCUGAAGCGCUCGGCGUCAAUGCUGGAUUCUGAUUGGAGCCCAUCACCAAAGAAGCAACGUGAUUAUUUAUCCCACUGGAAAAAGCGGACAUCUUCAGUUACUCCUGUAAAACACACAACAAUCUCACAGUCACCAUCUGCUCAAGCAGAGACAUCCACAGGGCAACAGUCGCAAUCUGAAACACGAAAGCUGAUAGUAAAUAAGAAUGCUGGCGAAACACUGCUGCAGAAGGCAGCACGAUUAGGCUAUGAGGAUGUAGUUAUCUACUGUUUGGAGAAUGCAGUGUGUGAAGUCAAUCACCGGGAUAAUGCAGGCUAUACGGCGUUGCAUGAAGCCUGCGCACGUGGCUGGCUUGAUAUCGUCACACGGCUCCUGGAGCAUGGAGCAGAUGUUAACUGCAGUGCACAGGAUGGUACCAGACCUAUUCAUGAUGCUGUUGUGAAUGAUAACCUGGAUGUUGUCCAUGUUCUACUGUCAUAUGGUGCUGAUCCGACCCUUGCUACCUACUCUGGUCAGACGAUUCUGAAGAUGGCUCAUAAUGAGCCAAUGAAACAGUUUCUUAAAGAAUAUUUCACUGACCUGAGGGGCCGCAGUGAGGAUGAUCCAGCCCUUCGCUGGGAAUUUUAUGGAAGCUCUGCAUGUGAACAGGACAAUGAGACUUCUUGUAACAUUUUGGCAAACCCCCCUGGCCUUGAUGAAGAAGAUGAAGAUGCCAAUUACUUUGUAUUUGAAUUCUCAGACAAACCUCUUCUUACAUGUUACAAUAUACAAGCUUCCCUUUCUCAUGGCCCUUGCAAUUGGCUGGUGUUAUCCGAAGUUCUACGAAGAUUGAAAAUGUCAGUCAGAAUUUUCCAAUCCCGCUUCCCUCACUUUGAAAUAGCUACCAUUACUGAGGUAGAAUUUUACAAGCAGGUGUCCACAAGUCAGGUACAUUUUCAGCUCGGGAACCUCCAGUUCUGCUCCCUGGAUGGCAGGAUGUCUCUGGAACUGGUACGGUGCGUGCCUGAGUUGUUGGACCUCAUUGGUUCUACGGUGGAAUUAUUAACUGAAGACUGUGAGAAAGUUAUUACAUUCACAAGUUGGCAUAGGAAGGCAGUGCGUCAUAAGGAUGGACGUGUUGGCUGGCGAAUAACUGGAGCAUGGGGGAAAGUCAUGUGAUGAAAUCUCCAGGAAUACAUUUAUUCGCAGUUAGCAACCCAAGGUUGAACCACACUUGAAAGAUGCACCUUCAUUGCUGACCAAAAGGACGAACAAGCCUGCACGCUGCAGGAGAUUCUUGCCCUGCUAGCGAGACAAAGUAAAAGGGAAUAGUUGGAAUUGGGGUAUUGACCUCCCCAUGGGAUCUGCCUGGAGAUAAACCCAUGUGACCUGCUUAUUAUGAAGACAGAAACUCCAACUGAACGUUAUUAAAACCUGGACACAAAGAAAGAAGCAGUCAGCCUUACUGCUGCCCAGACUCAGGGACUCUCAGAGUCAGUCAAACUGAGAGUUUUGGGGAAGAAGACCUAGAACAGGUGCUGCUAUGCCAGGCAGAAGAAAAGGAUUGCUUUUGGGUUAAGCACCAAGCAGAGGGCUGGUAAAGAUGGAACCCACAUUCAAGGAAAUGAGGAUUGUGAAGCGUUAAAGAGCACGGAAUCACCAAAAGGAACCUUGCAAUGGGAAAUCCAUUUGAUUACCCUUGAAAGGCUGAGUGAAGGGGUCUUUGUUAAGAAAGAACACUGAGAAGAGAUCCUGUUAGAAUCGGGAGGAGCUAUGGACUUUAAAUUCAAGACUAUGUGUCUAUGGAGAGUGCAAUGUAAUCUACAAACUGGCUUGGGCUUUUCAGUUGUGUUAAGAA